AUGGACUCCAUGUGCCUUGACCAACACUUCAUACGCCAAGUGUCCCAGGAUGUGGUCAAGCUUCUGCCAACAAGAUCAGCCCCGUCCACGAGCUCGGAAAUCCAGCAGCGACUGGGGUUAGAUAUGCACAACAACAACGCACCAAGCUGGGUCGCCAGCAGCGCCUCAUCAUCCCUCAAGCGGCACGAAAGGAAGGAGAAACAGCAGCAGUGUGCAGGCAGCGCUUCACCCUUGUAUGAAGAGGUCUCCCACAAGCAUUUCAAGGUGACAACAGCGCUCGCUCGCCACCUGUACCAGCGCAUACACAGCUCCGAUGAAGGUUGGAGCACAUUCGCUGUGCCUGAUCCUGAGUCGCGCCUGCAGCUCAGGUUUCAGAAGUACCUGCAACGGUACUUGAGCGAGCGUGCGCUAUCAUCCAAGUUGACCAUGCUCUGUCAAGUGCCCUUUGAGCACGCUACGUCUAUUCGGGCCGACAUGGCCGUGACCUUGACAGACAUCCACGACGAUCACUUCUUUUUCCCCUUUCUCAUUGAGUUCAAACGCAACGGUAGUGAGGCGAAUGUGAAGGCCGCCACGGCUCAGGUGUCUGAGUACGCCGUGCACGCAGUGCGCUGUGUGCCACGAUUUCGCGAGCAGCUGGUUGGGCUGCCGUUCCCUUUUGCCAUGACAGUGUGUGGCAGUUCGGUGGACGUGUUUACGUUUGUUCUCGGCCACAAGCAGCCGAGCUGUGGUCGUCGCUUCCCAAAGCUCUACCGUGUGAAGCUCUUCUCUGACGCUCAAGUCCAGCGGGUGCCCGUCAUUCUGGAUGUACUUCUGUCACCAGCUUGGCUUGCAUACUUCGCAGAGCUGUACACGACCGCGUUUCGCCAUCACGCUCGCAAACCGGUGCCGGCUCUGCACCUAGCGUGGCCACAGCAGCAGCAGGAGCAGGAAAGCGAAGAGCAAGACGUGGCAGCCGUGGUGGAGGAGUUUGCUCUGUCCUCCAUUGGGCUGGAAGAAAGUCCAUGGACCCCACAAGAACCUCGGGCGUGGUCCACGCACACACAAACAGUGUCCUUGGCAGCAGACGGUCCGGAACAGCAGCAGACCGCCAUUGAGCGCCACCGCGCCGUUGUCAACUUUGAGACGUUUGCGGGGGACGUGGUUCGAUGGAACGACGCCGUGCUCAAGCGCAUCAGCAGCACCGCCGCGGAGCAAGUCGUAAAGAUGUGGAAUCUCGUGCACCCUGAUAUUGACGUGAGCAUUCUCGACAUUGACCAACGCACGUGCUUCCUGCGCACGCCCUACCUCGGCACGCCAACAAUCCACACGGAUGGCCACUUGCGCUGUGCUGUGGAGCAGCUGUUGCGUCUGUUUUUCGCCGGCUACGUGCACGGUGAUGUGCGAGCGGAGAACAUCGUCGUUAACAACAAGAGCGAGGCCUUUGUCAUCGAUUUUGGCCUGAGCACCAAGUGCGACACCAUCGCCCCGGGCGGGUACAAUACGUGGCUCGUUGAGCGUCACCCAGACAUGUUUGGCGAAGUGAUUGCCCUCCACAGACCAGAGCACGACCUGUAUUCCCUGGCCAUGGCCUUGGCCCGCAACCGCUCAGCAAGUGCAGCCAACGCAUUCUUCCACUGGUUUGCACUUGCCCGUUCAAUCAUACUGCGAGUGCUGCGGGAAAAGCAGCAGCUGCUAGAGAACAAGGGGCGACAGCAAGAACAGCACUUUGGUGAGGAUCAUGCAGGCCAGCAGCAGCUGCAAUUGGUGGGCCAUCUUAUCGCUGCCAUGGAGACUGCAACGAUUGUGCACUGACGGGAAC